GAAAAAAAUGUUUCUUUGAUUGUGGCCUAAUGUUGGUGCUGAUUUUUCACGUGUCUCAGGACCUGAUCUCUGUUUUAUUGCCCCGGGUCCACCCUGCCAUCACCGAAGGCUUGCAGGAUUUGGAUGAUGAUGUUCGGGCUGUAGCAGCUGCAGCUCUCAUUCCUGUGGUGGAUGGCUUGGUCCAGCUACUGCCCAAUACGGUACCCCUCAUCGUCAGCACACUGUGGGAUGCACUUUUGGACCUUGAUGACCUCACAGCUUCCACCAACAGCAUCAUGGCAUUGCUGUCAUCACUCCUGACCUACCCCCAGGUGUGGCAGUGCAGCACACAGCAACCAUUAACAGUCUUGGUCCCACGGGUGUGGCCGUUUUUGCGGCACACAAUCUCAUCGGUACGAAGGGCAGCAUUAGAAACCCUGUUUAUACUGCUGUCCAAAGCAAACCAGAACUGUGCUAUGUGGAUCAACCCCAUCCUGCAAGACAUGCUCAGACAUAUCUUCCAGUCCUGCAUACUGGAGAGUAAUGAGGAAAUCCUUGAACUCAUCCAAAAGGUGUGGAUGGAGCUUCUUGCUCGGGCCCCUCAACAGUAUGUGGUGGCAGCAAGUUGUCCGUGGAUGGGUGCCUGGCUCUGUCUCAUGAUGCAGGCCUCAAACAUUCCAAUAGACUUGAACAUGCUGCUGGAGGUGAAGGCACGGUCCAAGGAUAAGGCUGGGGGAAAGAAUCGCCAAGGGACCAAUCAGGUGAAGGCGACAGUCCAGGAGUAUAUAGCAGGUGCAGAGACGGUGACAGAUGACCCAGUGACAAGGGACUAUGUGGUGUUUCGUGCUCGUCUCAUAGCGGCCAAAUUGCUUGGGGCUCUGUGUAGAUGCAUUUGUGACCCUCAGCUCAAUGCCGCAUCUCAGAAAAUCCAACCAGCAGUGUCUUUGGGGCAGCUGUUGCUCUUCCACCUUGACUCCAAGUCGGCGCUGCAGCAUAUCGCUGUGGCUCUGGUGCUUUGUGAGUGGGCUGCACUACAGAAGGAAUGCCAGCAGGUGUCAGCUAUGGUGCAGCCUCGUCUUCUUGCCAUUUUGUCUGAGCAGUUGUACUAUGAUGAAAUUGCCAUCCCCUUCACACGCAUGCAGAAUGAGUGCAAACAGCUCAUUGGCCUGCUAUCUGAAGCCCAUAUCGACAUCCAAGAUCAUUUGAAUUGUAGUGUUUUCACCAUUGAUCAAGCAAACAGCCUGGUAACCAGCGUCUUUACAGAGUCAACAGCUGGUUUGAAUGUGAAGUCCAAACAAUGGCAGACACUAGACUGUAAACGGCAACAAGCCCAAGCAACAGUGACUGAAACCAGCACAGAAUGGCAGAACCUGCACUUGCGUGUGCACAUGUUCAUAGCCUGUGCAGUCGUUAACCUGCAAGUGCUCCCUGAGAAGCUCAACCCAGUGGUGAGGCCUCUGAUGGAGACCAUCAAGUGAGAAGAAAAUUCCCUGAUCCAGAGUUAUGCUGCUGCUUUCAUAGCCAAGCUGCUACAACAGUGUAAAGGACGCUCGCCGUGCCCAAACCCAAAGAUCCUCAAAAACCUUUGUGCCUCUGCCUGUGUGGACUCCUCAGUCACCCCUUCUUCUGCUUGCCCUAUACCCUUCACACAGGAAACUGCCAGAGGCAGUACAUUGGACAAAGACUGCAUGCAGCACAUGGUCAGCAAAACCCACGGCAUCAUUACUCUGUACCGCCACCAAAGGGCAGUAUUUGCCAUCACCAGUAAGAGGGGCCCAGCCCCGAGAACCCCCAAAAACUCCUCCACAGAGCUUCCACCUGGUAGCGCUGUCAGCUGUGAUAAUGAUGAGAGCAAGAAGCCAUUUCUUAUUCAGAGACGAGGGGCAGAGUUCUCCUUAACAACAAUUGCCAAACACUUUGGCUCAGAAAUGACCAGAUCUCUGCCAUAUCUGUGGGAGAACACCGUGGGACCACUGAAGGCCGUGGUGAAUGAUGAACAAGACAUUGACAGGCAGGUCCAGCUGGAUAGGGGAGAUGAUGCAGCCCAAGAAUUGAUAAACUCUCUACAAGUACUGGAAAUUAUGGCUGUUGCUAUGGCUCCUGAACUCAGACCUUUGCUACUGGAACAUCUACCCCAUCUUUUCACCUGCCUGCAUCACCCAUACACAGCAGUACGUCACAUGGCAGCACGUUGUGUUGGAGUCUUCAGCAAGAUAGCAGUGCUGGAGACAAUGAACCGUUUUCUUGGAAGCGUUCUACCCUGGCUCGCUGCUAUUGAUGACAGCAACAAGCAAGAAGGCGCCAUCGAGGCUUUGGCCUCUGUCAUAGAGCAGCUGGAUGUAGAUAUUGUGCCCUACAUAGUGUUGCUGGUGGUACCUGUUCUGGGCCGUAUGAGUGACCCCAGCGAUAGCAUUCGUUUUAUGGCCACACAGUGUUUUGCUACACUCAUCCGGUUGCUGCCCCUAGAGGCUGGUAUACCAGACCCUCCUGCCAUGUCUGCUGACCUUAUUCGCCAGAAGGCCAGAGAGCGCCACUUCCUGGAGCAACUACUAGAUGGUAGAAAAUUAGAGAGCUACAAGAUCCCUGUACCUAUCAAGGCUGAGCUCAGGAAAUACCAGCAGAAUGGCGUGAACUGGCUCUCUUUCUUGAACAAAUAUAAGCUGCAUGGGAUCCUGUGUGAUGACAUGGGUCUUGGCAAGACCCUACAGUCCAUCUGUAUUUUAGCAGGAGAUCACUACCUCAGGGAACAGGAGUAUGCAAAGACAAAAGCAGCAGACUGCAGUCCCCUCCCCUCCCUGGUGGUUUGUCCCCCAACAUUAACUGGCCAUUGGGUGGAUGAAGUUGACAAGUUUUGCAGCAAAGAAUACCUCAGUCCGCUGCAUUACACCGGCCCACCUACAGAACGAAUGCGGUUGCAACAUCAAGUGAAAAAGCACAAUCUUGUUGUAGCCUUGUAUGAUGUUGUACGAAAUGACAUCGACUUUUUUAGAAAUAUAAAAUUCAAUUAUUGUAUUCUUGAUGAGGGUCAUAUCAUCAAGAAUGGCAAAACAAAACUUUCCAAAGCUAUUAAGCAGCUGGCUGCCAAUUUCAGAGUCAUCUUGUCGGGAACACCCAUUCAGAACAAUGUCCUGGAGCUUUGGUCUCUGUUUGACUUCCUCAUGCCAGGCUUCCUAGGAACAGAGCGACAGUUUGCUGCACGUUACGGCAAGCCUAUUCUGGCCAGCCGUGAUGCCAAAAGCUCCUCACGGGAACAGGAGGCGGGUGUCUUAGCAAUGGAAGCCUUACAUCGACAGGUAUUGCCAUUCUUGUUGAGAAGAAUGAAAGAGGAUGUUCUCCAGGACCUUCCUCCUAAAAUAAUUCAGGACUACUACUGCAACUUGAGUCCUCUUCAGGUUCAGCUGUAUGAAGACUUUGCAAAGUCUCGAGCCAGAGCCAGUCUAGAAGACACCAUCUCUGUGGCCUCUGCAGAAGAGGUGGAAAAACCAAAACUCAAGGCCACGGGUCAUGUUUUCCAGGCACUGCAGUACCUGCGGAAGCUGUGCAACCACCCGAGCUUGGUCUUAACGGCGCAGCAUCCUGAGUACAAACGUAUCACAGAGCAGCUGGCGAGUCAGAACUCCAACUUGCAGGACAUCCAGCAUGCACCCAAACUCUUAGCUCUCAAACAGUUACUUUUGGAUUGUGGUCUCGGUGGUGGUGGUACGUCAGAAGGAGGUACUGAGGCAGUGGUGGCCCAGCAUUAUGUGCUGAUUUUCUGCCAGCUGAAAAGCAUGCUGGACAUCGUUGAGCAUGACCUGCUGAAGCCCAAAAUGCCAACAGUUACCUACUUGAGACUGGAUGGCAGUGUGCAGGCUGGCCUGCGCCACUCAAUUGUUUCCAGGUUUAACAAUGACCCGUCCAUUGACGUGCUGCUUCUCACCACCCAUGUUGGAGGUCUGGGCCUCAACCUGACAGGUGCAGAUACCGUGGUGUUUGUGGAACAUGACUGGAAUCCCAUGAGGGACUUGCAAGCUAUGGAUCGUGCUCACAGGAUUGGCCAGAAACGGGUUGUGAACGUGUACCGGCUGAUCACACGAGGCACGUUGGAGGAAAAGAUAAUGGGCCUGCAGAAAUUCAAGAUGGGCAUUGCCAACACUGUGAUCAGCCAGGAGAACACCAGCCUGCAGAGCAUGGGCACGGAUCAGCUGCUCAACCUCUUCACCCUCGACAAGGACGACAAGCCUGAGAAGGCGGAGCCCACCCCGUCGACCUCAGGAAAGGCCUCCAUGAAGUCAGUGCUGGACAGCCUGGGAGAGUUAUGGGACCAGCAGCAGUACGACACGGAGUACAACCUGGACAGCUUCAUGCACUCCCUUCAGUGACCUCCCCUCCCCCCACAUCACCUCUACCCAUCAUGCCAUCUGCUGGUCAGACCGACAGGACCCCCCCAAGCUGUCACUCACAAUUAUCUGCUGUGUUCCUGAUCCCACGUCCGCGCCUGAGAAAACCACCAAGCUACCAAGUUCAUUUCUUUUAAUAAUGUUAGUGAUUCUUAAAGCAAUAAAUAGGAUCAGUAAAAUAAGAAUCAAGAGUUUGUUUGGAUGCAGCGUCGGAUCUUUGCCGAAUUUCAGAACUUGGGGCGACAUCCACGUUUCCUCACCGAGAGCCAACCAGUAGAUAUGACACGUUUUUAAAACUGGCACUUUCCAGCAAUCGUGUGGUGUUUCUCCAGCACUCUGGUCCAUAGGUCGUAGUUUUUAGUAGUGAUUACACUCCUUGCUUUACUGCUCCUCUUCUCUGCUCAAAAUGCGUUGUGGAAAUACGUUAACCUUUCCAGACAUAACCUGGUUGCACCUCCUCCACAUUUGUCCACUGACAAGUUUUGUUUGUUUUUUUUCGAUGAAGGGAAACUGGACAAAUGCGAUGAGCUCAGCAGAGAAAUCAUACGAUGACGUCACUACGUGACGUCUUUGUAGAGCACACUGAUGACUGAGCUGUUGUUCUGACUGUGCGCUGCAUCCUCUAGAUGGUGCCGGUUUAUCCUUCCUCUCAGGAGUUGACAUUGAUGGUGGUGGAUUGACGUGCUGUCGUCGUGGCACUUGGAGCAGCGUUACAGACUGAACCUGAAACAAGUAUUGUAACAGUAGACUUGCACAUAUUUCUGUAAUUGCUGCUCUCUGUUGAUGUGGAAUUGUAAUAAAUUCUGCAGAUUUUCAACU